GGCCUGAUUCUUUUCUGGGUGUUUCUUUUUUGUGAUCCUUGGCGGGCAGUUGAGCCGAGUUUGCUGUUGGUCGUGGCUUUUUCUUUUCUUUUUGGUUCUUUUGUUUCUCCUGCUCGUUAAAAGUGGACAAUAUAUCGAGUACACUGUCAAUAGAGAUGCCGUCGAUGGUAAUCAAGGACCGCAGCCUAAGCCAGCAACUAGUAGCAUCGUGCUCCAUCCGCGAUCUACGUCGUCAACCACACUAUUGCGAUCAAUCAGUCCCUACACUAUCCGUUUUGGUGCUUUACAUGCAUUGGUGCCUCACUCCGCUCACGGUCUUCGUCAUCACUUGCUCUGCUCCUGCACUCGUUGUGCCAAUGGUCCCUCCAUCCACUGCUUCACCUGCCUUGUUUCUGCUUGCGCAACCGCUCCCCCUUAUUGCAUUCCUAGGACGACUACUUAGGACUUGUCUCAUAUUUAAGCUUAGCUGCGGUUACGUAGGCCAUCCGCACUGGCCCUACCACCCUAAUCAGGGGCCCAUGAUCGGUGGAGUUGACCUGGCGCCCUUCCGUGGUAGUUCUUCCGAGUUUUCCCCAGGGUGCCUUGGUAUAGCUUCACUCCACCCCCCAAUGCCACCUGGUGUAGCCACGCUGUGGACCGGCCCCGCGAGGCUGGCCAGCUUGUCGGGACCCAUCCCAAGAAAUCCGCUGUCUGGGCACUGGGCACGACUUUUUUGGUCGUCGCCUCCCAAGCCAUCCUCCUCCGUUCCCCCCCCUUCUUAGUGCGGAUGGGCCCGAUGUAGAUCCCCGAGAUCC